AUGGGUGAUCCAGAUGCUCCUUUCACCAUUCUCUCCGAGACCAGAAAGAGAUGGACUAUCACGAUCGCUUCCCUAGUCACAUUCAUAUCUCCAGUGUCGGCCAACAUUUAUUACCCGGCGCUUAAUCCACUGGCUCACGAUCUCCAAGUUUCGCCUGCUAAGAUAACCUUGACCAUCACGGUGUUCAUGAUCGUACAAGGAAUAGGCCCCUUGAUGGUGGCUAGUUACUCCGAUGUGUAUGGUCGUCGCCCGAUAGUGACCCUCGCCCUCCUUCUAUAUGUAGGCGUGAAUCUUGGGUUGGCCCAACAAACAAGCUACCCUGUUUUAAUGGCCCUCCGGUGUCUGCAGAGUUUUGGGAGCAGCACCGCUACAGUUGUCUGUUCCUCGGUGGCAGCAGAUCUGGUACCCCGAUCUGAACGUGGACGAUAUAUGAUUUAUUCAUCACUGGGUGUGACUCUAGGGCCCGCUAUUGGUCCGAUCUUAGGUGGUGUUUUGACGCAAUUUCUCAACUGGCGAAGCACCUUCUGGUUCCUUGCCAUUUGGGCAGGCAUGAUGGCCACCGUGUUUUUUGUCUUUGUACCAGAGACCUGCCGGGCAAUGGUAGGGAAUGGCUCUAUCCCACCAAUGAGGUGGAAUAGGUCGCUCGUUCAACACCUAAAUCACGAAGCCUAUGCCAGUGACUUCGUAUCUGAAAAAGAUCAGAAAGCGAAACGACCAGCUCGACCUAAGCGGCCAACCCCUCUGGAUGUUCUCAGAGUAGCCGCCCAAAAAGAAACAGGUGCAAUCAUUUUGUUCACGACCGUACUGUUUAGUGGAUACUUGGCCGUGCUCAGCAGUCUUCCAUCCCAGCUUGAGCAUAAGUACCAGUUUAAUGCUUUACAAGUUGGUCUAUGCUAUAUCCCCUACGGUGCGGGGAGUCUCACAUCUCGUUGGACAAUCGGAAAACUCAUCGACUGGAACUUUCGACGCCACGCGAAAGAUCAAGGAAUUGAGAUCGUUCAGAAUCGGCAAGUCCAAUUGAUCUCCAUGCCAGUGGAAAAGGCACGACUGCAAAUCACACUUCCAGUCAUAUACUGCGCUUCGAUAGUGAUGAUCGGCUAUGCGUGGACAAUGAAUUACGAAGUCAAUCUUGCGGGGCCUCUCAUUAUGCUUUUUUUUUUAUCGCAUUUGAUCUCUGGAGCGACAAGCACGCUCAUCACCCUAGUGGUUGACUGCCAUGUUCGUCGACCAGCUACCGCUACUUCCGCAAACAAUCUGUUUCGGUGUUGUUUUGGGGCGUGUACAGUUGCAGCAGCUGUUCCAUUGAUCAACUUGAUUGGAAUUGGGUGGACUGGUACAAUCAUUGGUUUUAUUUGGAUUUUUUUGAGUCCAGUUCUUUGGGGGGUUUACUUUUGGGGUCAUGAUUAUCGCAGAGCAAAGGAGGCAUGCCAAUCCUAG